AUGGAAUGUAUUUUGGGUGUGCUGUUUGACGUUUUUUGUCACGUGUUUCCUUCUCUUUUUUACCGAUAUCUCUUCUAUCUUCCACCGCCAUCGAUAUCCUUCACCGCCUCUCUCUCCACCGCCUAUGGUUUUAAGUUUAAACCGGGAUUCUCUGCUUCCGAUUCCGAUAGAGAAGAAAUAUUCCACUCAUCCUUUUUCCUUACGUCGACUCUGCAUCUUUCCCGUUCUUCUCCGUUGUUCAUCCUUCCUGCGCAGAAGAGGGCGGCCGUCGAUCCACCCGCAGACAUGCCAGCGACGUUGAUGGACAAUUGA